GAGCGGCCGAGCGAGCGCCAUGUCCGCGUGUGCGCCGCGCGCCUGCUGCCGGCCGCGCGCCCCGCCGACGCUACUCGAUAUCACAGCGAAAAUAGUCGCCGCCGCGAUCCCGUUCCAACGCAUCGAGGAGCGCUAUGAACGCAUCCCCGAGCCGGUGCAACGCCGCGUCGUGUAUUGGUCGUUCCCGCGGGAUGAGCGGGACAUCUGCAUGUACUCGUCGCUGGCGCGAGCGCCACCCGACGACCACCGCAACAUUGCCUUCUGCCGAGGGCUGAAGCUGCUGGAGGCUGGCUGUGUGGAGAACGUGCUACAAGUCGGUAAGUCGGGGUUUGCCAAUGAUAUCACAAUGUCCUUCCUGUUAUUAAACGGUUUCCAUUUGAGCGGAGUGGUGCGCGCGCCCGCCGCGGUACCGCCAUGCUCCGAGCCGGAACGGCUAUACAGGGUCACUGUCUCGUUCGACAGAUGCAAGAUAACUGGAGUGACGUGCAGCUGCGAAGCGCGCGACAUCUUCUGGUGUCAGCAUGUGGUGGCGCUGGCGCUCUACCGCAUCAGAAACGCAGAUUCCGUCAGGCUGAGGGUGCCUAUAUCAGAAACCCUGCUGCAGAUGGACAGGCAACAGUUGCAAAAGUUCGUGCAGUACUUAAUAGCAGAGCAUCAUACGGAGGUCCUGCCGACAGCGCAGCGGUUAGCUGACGAGGUCCUGCAAGCCAGGUCUGCCAUCAACAGGAUCUGUGGAGCACCUGACCCAACGGCAGGACCGCCGCCUGAUGCACACCAUGCUUGGCACUUGGAUGAGCAACAAGUUUGCGAACAAGUGCGAGCGUAUUUAUUACAGGGGACUUAUUACAAUGCAAAUAAACAACUUAACUCAUUAUUUUCUAAGGUAAGAGAAAUGCUCCGCGCCCAAGACUCUAACGGUCCUAGGAUGCUGAUGCUUAUGACAGAACAGUUCCUAUCAGACCCAAGGUUACUCCUAUGGAGAAACCAAAACACCCCCAUGACGGAGAAGUGCAGACAGUUAUGGGAACAACUAGGAGCAUUGUGGGUCAGCAUAGUUUUGGACCCCGGCAGUAACAAACAUCAUAGGAUACAAUGGAGACAUCUGUUGGAAAAAUGGUCUGCCGUCGAAGUUUGUCCCACUGAAGAUCCGGAUUAUCGGUCUUUUCCUUUGUACGCAAGAGAAAGGGAAAGAAACGAGAGAGAUCGUGACAGAGACCACAGAGAUAGAGACAGAGAAAGGCAUCGCGACCGAGAGGAGAGGGACCGAGAGAGACUGCGCGAAAGAGAGGAGAGAGACAGAGAAAGACAUAGAGAAAGACAGAGAAGAGAAAUGCAUUCCCAUUCAGAAAGUUCAGACGAAGAAUCUAGGCCUAAUAAUUAUGAACGCGAAUACAGGAGAGCAAGUAAAAGACUAAGACUAAACAACCAAAGAUCCGCACCGCAGCUGACGCCACGGACUGUUUUUCAUAAGGCGCUGGAUGCGGUAGACAUAUCCUGGGAGAACGAACACCUGAAGAACAUCCUAGGUAGUGAUGAGUACAUCGACCCUGACAAACCGGAGAAACCUGGCAGUUCCACGACGACGACGCUGCAACCUUACCCCAAGUUCAAUGAAGAUGGACAGCCUCUGUGGCACGAGCACUUACCAGUGGUAGGCGCCCGUAUCGAAGCACUGCGAGCGCACGGCCGCGCCCCCGCAGCUCUGAGACUGGCCGUCAGUGCCGCCAGAGCCAUGAGACAUCGACAGGAGGUGUCACAACAGCGAUGGCAAGAAGCCGGAGGGGGUGAGGCAUCGUCUUCGGGGGGCUCGGGCGGUGGCAGCGGGCCGGGCAGUGGCAGCGGGGGCGCGUCGUGCGCGGGGUCGGACGCGUGCGCCGGCGCAUGCACCGAGCGCGUGCGCCUGGCGCAGGUCUGUGCACACAUGGACUUCGGCUCCUGUCUGUCCAGUAGCGCCACCUGUGCACUCUCACACAGCCAGCGGUGUAUCGGAAGAGACAGCAGAUGUUGGACCGGAUGGACAUUAGAAGCCAUUUGGUGCGUCUACGAAUGCCUAGCCGAUGCCUGUCUAGCACCCGAUGAUCAACGCGCAUCACCCAGAUUACACACAGCUUAUCUUGAUGAAGAACCCAACACGGGCCUGCCGCCUAGGUAUCAACACGUCCCAGUAGCGGGUAGCAAGAACCCUGAAGAGACUUACCUGGCACUAGCAUUAGAGGCAGCGUUACUAGGGUUGGGGGUACAGAGGAUGCUACCACAGGGACUGUAUGCGCAAGAGAGGCAUUGUAAGCAAGAGGAGAGACUCAUUGCACAGCUGCAGAGAGUGGAAGGGGAAGCCGCCGCAGGAGUCUGCGCGAGAGUGGCAGCCGCAUUACUAGCUGGUGGACCUGCGUCGUGCUUAGGUGCACGAGUACACCCUCGAGCAGCGCCAGCGCAUACAUUUGCGCGAUUCCUCUUCCUAGCUCUCCUCCCCGCGCACCCCGAUCUGGCCUACCGAGUAGGACUCCGGGCCAUGCGCCUGCCCAUGGUGGAGGAAGCCUACGCGCUAGAUGGCAGUAGUGCGGCCGGCGCACCAGGGGGCGCUGCUGGUGCCUGGCAUACGUUGCAACAUGCUGAACAACAGCAAGCUGCUCUCGCCAGUGCAUUACUAGGUGCAGCUCGUGGCAACCCGGGCAGGUUACGAGCCGCGCUGGGCGCCGCGCAGCGCCACGUGCGGUCGGCCGCGCAACUGUUCCGGCUGGCGCAGGACGCGCUGCGACACGCCGCGCCGCCCGCCGCGCCGCACCAUCAUCGAGACCUACUCGCUGCCGCAUUCGAACUGGGGUUACAGGUGUUACGCAUGACGUUAUCCUCGGUGAACUGGCGAAGACGAGAAAUGGUUCGCUGGCUCGUCACCUGUGCCACGGAACUUGGGCUAGACGCACUCCUGUCCAUCAUGCAAAACUGGUACGAGUUGUUCACGCCGACGGAAGCAACAGGUCCAGUGGCCGCGGCAGCAAUGUCCCACGCUACUGCACUACGGCUCGGUCUCAGCUUCGAACAGCAAGAAAAACUUAGCGCUUGUUGUGCUCUAAGCGCUCUAUCAGUGUGCGAAGGCUCGGCCGGUGCAUUCGAGGCCGCGUGCGCAGCGGUGGGCGGCGCGGCCGCGCGGGGCGCGCUGGCGUCCAGCCAACUGUUCGCAGUGGCGCGGUACAUGGAGCAACGGGGCCAGCCUGCCAGGGCCAUGCGGCUAGCUACACUGGCUAUGCGAAACCUCCAUUUACAUUAUAACCAGUCGGACGUGCUGCGCCGCUGCUGCGUGGCGGCGGCGGGGUGCUCCCGGUCGCGCGGCGCGCCCCCGCGGCCGCCGACCCCGCUGCGGCCGCUGCUGGAGGCGGCGCUGCGUGCGUACGCGUCUACCACGCAUGCGCGCCUCGCACACAUCUCGCCGCGCCAUUACGCCGACUUUGUCGAAUUUCUCGGUAAAGCUCGCGACACAUUUGCGUUAGCGCCGGACGGCCCGCAUCAGUUCGCAGCGCUCCUUCAAGAGAUCAAGCUCAAAUACAAAGGAAAAAAGAAACUCAUGUUCCUCGUCAAAGAGAGGUUCGGAUGAACUGACUUCAAUAGUUAAUGUUUGUUACUCGUUCAAUACAAACCCCACCGAGUGUGCAACGUUUGCUAGUAUGGCAUUCCAUUGAAAAAAGGCAUUUUGUUACGAUGCGAGAAAUUUUAGUUCAAAAUUUUUUGUUGUUUUGUUCAUUAUUUUCGAGACUACUACUGAACUAAAAGACCGCAUUGCUAUGACAUUUCCAUCUUUAUUUUUUUAAUAUUGCUAUCACUGCAACUUAUUUUCCAAGUAGGUAAUUUUGGCGCCAUUCACCAACUGUCAACAGUGUCAACUGUCAACAGUGUCAACUUUUUUUUCUUAAUGGCAGCCUUUAUCUUUCUACCUAAAAAAAUAAUAAUUUAUAAAAUUCUAAGACACAAUGCAAAGCCAUUUUUGUCAACGUCCUUGGUAAAGGCAUUAUAUCUUAGAAUUUUAUAUUGAACCAGACUGCAAAUAAUAUUUCUCAUUUCUGUUCGGUCUUUUAUGAAGUAGGAAGUCGUAAAACAACUCUUCAAUCCUCAUGGCAUGCUGUAAUAUUGUUGAAUUAGUGCAAUUAUUGUUUUCAUUUGAAAGAUUUGUUUUUUUUUAUCAUUAUGUUGAGACUCGUGCAAUAAGCUGCCAUGGGACAAUUUUAUUUAGUUACGUGAAGCAAGAAGUCUUUUAUCCUUGCCACAACGCAUAAUUUUGUUAAAGACGAUUUGUUUUAUAAUUAAAUUCUAAUUUAGUAUAAGAUGUAAAAAAACUAAAUUUUGUAAAAUUACAAAAUAUGCCCGUGACUUGUCAAGUACUAGUGUGACAACGCUACUUACAUAACGAGGACAUGUGUCGUUUCGUUCCGCGGUAAUUUAAGCUCGAAAUAAUUUUACCGUCACGGUAAAAAUGAUUACCUCAUGCGAGUUACACAUAGUCUCGUGUACCCGCCGUGUACCAAACCAGUCUAUUCUAAAGUAUUAUUUUGUUAAUUUACUAAUUAUAAAUACGGCUGACCUCGUAAUUUUCAUUUUUUUAUUAUCGUAAGAAAUGAUCUCAAUAAUUCCAUUUGUGUAAAUAGAAACGAGUUUGUAAAUAUAGUACGAAGACAAGUUAGUAUUGGAAAAUAUUAGUUAAUUAUUGUAAUUAGUUAUGUGAUCUGUGCGAGGAUUGCGUGCUGUAUAAAUUGUGUAAAUGUCAGUGUGUUCUGGAGUGGUGAAAUAUCGUUAAUGUUAAGCGAUAUUCGCACAAAUCGCAAGUUGUAAUUAGGUUUAGUCACGCCACUCGUAUAGCGUCCAAUAGCAAUGGGAUAAUUCAUAAAUAUGACACAAACACCAAAGAAUAUCGUAAGUCCAACGUGAGAUAAGCAACGCCAUCAUUCUUUCAGUAUUCUUGAGUAUUCUGUAUCUGUAUAGAUUUUUGUUUUAUAUUAUUACCAUGGCACUGUUUGUGCAAAAUACUGAGCCGCGAAAGUUCUCUAUGAAUAUUUUAUACACAUAACCAAGCCGUAUCUUGUCAAUUUUCUAUUAUGUACACAAAAUUUAUUUCAAGACCUUUAUUCUUCAUGUGUUACUUCUAACUAUAAAUAAUUUGACUUUAGUCGUUAUUUCUUUGAACUCUGCCUUUUCUUGUUUAGAGUAGAUAAUUAAAUUUUAACAAGAAGUGCAUUUAUAAAGAUAGAAAUGAAUAAUAUUUAAAAAUAGAGACGAUGUAUGGAUAGUCUUGAGAGAAUAGUAUGAAUUGAAUAGUAUAUAGACUUAAUGAAGGACUUUUGUACUUUUUGUGGUGUGUAUGAGGGUUGUGCAAAACUUAUUUUGACAUGUACAAAGAAACAUACAAAGUAAAUAUUGUAUCCGUUCAUUGAAUCAAAAUUUUGCCAACCCUAUAUUGUGUCAAAUAAAAAAAAAACAGGACAUUAGUACUCAUUAUAAUAUUGAUAUAAAUGUAAAUAUAUAAAAUAUUAUUUUUAGUUAGAGCGCUGAUAGUAGACACAUCCAAUAUCUUCCUAAUCAGAGAUUUUUACACGAAAAAAAUUAGUAAUAUCUGGUAGAAAAGUGAUCAAUAGUAACAGUAAAAUGUAUGGUAUUUAUUAUACUGCUUUAUACAUGUUACAUUCAUAGAACGGCAUAACAUUGUAAUGUAUAUAGCGGAACCAUAUUUAGCUUGAGAACGUAUAACAUUAAUCAAAGAAAGGGCAAUAAAAAUGUCGUCUAUUUUUUUUUAAUCUAAGACAGGCGUCUGAUUCGAUAGUGUUGGUUACUUCUCAAGUUGAAUGUGUGUUCCGUGUCAAACGCUACAAAUAUCAUGUGACAAGUGUGAGUCAAGUAAACUAUCUCAGUCUGAACGCAGCAUUGCGUAAGUGGUGUUUAUAAAAUUAUUUUUUGUAUGAAAAGAGAAAUUAAUUUUCAUAAUAAUGCAAAUAAAUUAAUGUCGAGCAAUAAUUUCGAAGCCUUCGGCCGGUCUGACGUGAUUCUGUAUGUACAACUUUAUUGGUUGUCGGGAACAUGUGUUUGUGUAGCUUUUUAGUCUGUGUGCGUGGUGCAUUUGAUUAUGGAGUCAAAAAUUAUCAAUCUGAGUGCAAUAGAAAUAUUUUUAUUGAUCAUUAUCUUUCUUAUUAUUUAUUUUCAUUUAACUGCAAUAUUCUGUAAUUAUGUAAAUGCAUUUGUUUUGUUACCUAUCAAUAAUUUUUACUAAUUUUCUUUGACACGACUUGCCAACUUAUAAACUCCAUGCAAAUAUUUGACCUCAAGUGCCUUCAGGCGAGUCCAAAUAAGCCAGACCGGCUCAUUACUUGAUUAUGUUGUAUUUUUAUUUAAUACUGUCAGUGGUUAUAUUGUAAUUGUGUUGUACGUCAAACGUGGACACCCUUCAGUGCUGGUAUUAUGAAGGUGAUAAUUUCAAUAUAAAUAAUUGAAAAACUAACGUUUUGUUUUAUUUUUUUCUUGUUUGUAAAUCAAAUCUCAUCUAUCCAACUCACGCCCGAAUACUGAUUAUUUGAGCCCAAUUGAGCCUAAUAAUUACACUUAAAAGAAACAACGCAAACAUUGUUUCACGUCGGUUUUCUGUGAGGCCGUGGUAUCACUUCGGUCAAGCCGGCCCAUUCGUGCCGAAGCAUGGCUCUCCCAC